AUGUCCUAUGACAGAACUGAAAUUUAUGCUGCUCCCGUAUUAGCCGGUGAGGAGAUUGGUGAGAAUGAUAAUUCCGAAAUUAUUAAAUCUUUCCACAAUUUUGUGCUCGAAUUUCGAUUAGAUUCUCACUUCGUGUAUCGAGAACAGCUGAGAAGUAACCUCCUAGUCAAAAAUUUCUGUAUAACAGUUGACACGGCGCAUUUGAUUGGCUACAACGAAGACCUUUAUAAGAAGCUCUGCGAUGAACCUACAGACGUGCUUCCUCUGUUUGAGCAAGCUGUAACCCAGGUGGCCCGCCGGAUAGCGCUGCUUUCGCGAGACAUCAAUUUAGACCCCAACGCGGCGGAAGAUAAGAAGAACGGUGAUGGUGUUGGGGCGUCCGGACCUAGUUUCAGCGGCUUGGAAAUCCCGGUUUGCCAAGUGAUGCUUAAAUCGAAUGCGUCCGAAACAUCACUACGAGUUUUGGGCUCUGAAAACGUUUCCAAAAUUGUGCGUGUCAGCGGCAUCGUUGUUUCUGCCUCUGUUCUGUCAUCGAAAGCUACCUUUUUGACGUUGAUGUGCAGGAGCUGCAGGCAUGUUACCACGAUGCGGCUCAACAGCUUUGGCACACUAGGUGGAAGCAGUGUUUCGCUUCCUAAAUCGUGCAUGGCGGAUCAUUCUCGAGAUACAGGCGGUAACCCGUGCGGACAGGAUCCUUACAUGAUCGUUCAUGAGUCUUCCAGGUUCGUUGACCAGCAGUUUCUCAAGCUUCAAGAGGUUCCUGAACUCGUGCCAGUUGGUGAAAUGCCACGUAAUAUCUUAAUGUCUGCUGAUCGAUAUUUGACCAAUAAGAUUGUUCCAGGUACAAGAGCUACUAUCGUGGGAAUCUAUUCCAUUUAUCAAGCUAAAAGUCGGGGAGUAGGAACAGCAGCCAGUGGUGGUAAAGCAGUCGCCAUCAGGAAUCCUUACGUUAAAAUUUUAGGGAUUCAGACCGCUUUGGAUGGAAACUCUAUCAAUAGUACAACACAUUUCUCUGAAGAGGAGGAAGAACAAUUCUUAACAUUAAGCAGACGUCCAGAUUUAUAUGAGAUAUUCUCGAAGUCGAUUGCUCCCAGCAUUUACGGUAACGACGACAUAAAAAAGUCUAUUGUUUGUCUUUUGAUGGGAGGAUCUAAGAAGCUCUUGCCAGAUGGGAUGAGAUUGAGAGGGGAUAUUAAUGUCUUACUGCUCGGUGAUCCGGGCACAGCAAAGUCCCAAUUGCUGAAGUUUGUUGAGAAAGUGAGCCCCAUUGCCGUCUACACCUCUGGUAAAGGCUCUUCGGCUGCUGGUCUCACUGCAUCAGUUCAAAGAGACCCCGCCACGCGAGAAUUUUAUCUAGAAGGGGGUGCAAUGGUCUUGGCUGACGGCGGUGUUGUUUGUAUCGAUGAGUUCGACAAAAUGAGAGACGAGGAUCGAGUUGCCAUUCAUGAGGCUAUGGAACAACAAACAAUUUCUAUUGCCAAGGCGGGCAUCACAACGGUUCUUAAUUCGAGGACGAGUGUGAUGGCUGCAGCCAAUCCUAUCUACGGACGUUAUGAUGACUUGAAGUCUCCUGGGGAGAACAUUGAUUUUCAAUCUACCAUUUUGUCUCGUUUUGACAUGAUCUACAUUGUGAAGGACCACCAUAAUGAGGAAAGAGAUAUUUCUAUCGCCAACCACGUCAUGAAUAUCCACACCGGCAGAACGGCCAUCCAGGACGAGGAGCAAGAGUCUGCUGGUGCCGAAAUUCCUAUUGAGCUUAUGAAGCGGUAUAUUACAUACUGCAGGAUGAAAUGCGCACCUCGCCUUUCAACACAAGCUGCCGAGAAGCUGUCAUCUCAUUUUGUGGGUAUUCGCAAAAAACUUCUGAUUAACGAAUUGCAAAGUGAACAGCGGUCAUCUAUACCGAUCACGGUGCGUCAAUUAGAGGCAAUAAUUCGUAUUUCCGAGUCCUUGGCCAAGCUGGAAUUGAGUCCUAUUGCUCAAGAAAGGCACGUUGAUGAAGCAAUCAGGCUAUUUCAAGCAUCUACCAUGGACGCGGCUUCACAAGAUCCGAUUGGCGGGCUUGGACAAAAUCCCGACUUGGUGCAAGAUGUGAGACGUAUUGAAGAAGAACUGAAAAGACGCCUGCCCGUUGGCUGGUCCACGAGCUAUCAAACUCUACGUCGCGAAUUUUGUGAGCAGAAAAACUACUCUCCACCUGCUCUCGACAGAGCGCUGUACAUUUUGGAGCGCCACGGAACUAUUCAACUUCGUUACCAAGGUCAAAACAUAUACAGAAGUGGUGCUUGA